AUGUAUUUGUACAACUUAAGUCUUCAGAGGGCAACUGGAAUUACCCAUGCCGUCCAUGGAAGUUUUUCAGGCUCAAAACAACAGGAAAUAGCAAUUUCCCGGGGAAAAAUCUUGGAGCUUAUGCGCGUGGAUCCAAGUUCUGGAAAGUUGUACACUCUCAUAACGACUGAGGUUUUCGGCAUCAUCCGGUCAAUGAUGCCGUUUCGCCUAACUGGAGGCAACAAAGAUUAUAUCGUUAUUGGCUCCGACUCUGGUCGCAUUGUUAUCCUUGAAUACAUUGCAUCCAAAAACGUAUUUGAGCGUGUACAGCAGGAGACUUUUGGGAAAAGCGGCUGUCGUCGGAUAGUCCCUGGUCAGUAUUUGGCAGUCGAUCCCAAGGGUCGAGCUAUUAUGAUUGGUGCCGUCGAGAAGCAGAAGUUGGUGUACGUCAUGAAUCGUGACUCCCAGGCGCGCCUCACCAUAUCAUCCCCCCUAGAGGCCCAUAAGUCCAACACUCUUGUUUACCAUAUGGUCGGAGUUGACCUAUUAACCUACUAUGAAUUAGACUUGGGACUGAAUCACGUCGUACGCAAGUACUCCGAACCAUUAGAAGAACAUGCCAACUUUUUAAUAACGGUACCAGGCGGCAGUGAAGUUCACUCGGGUCUCCUAAUUUGUUCGGAAAACUAUAUUACAUAUAAAAACUUCGGUGAUGAGCCGGAUAUCCGUUGCCCGAUCCCACAACGCCGCAACGACUUGGAUGAUCCCGACAGAGGAUUGCUAUUUGUUUGCAGCGCAACUCACAGAACUAAGAACCUUUUCUUUUUCCUGGCCCAAACAGAACAGGGCGAUAUAUUCAAGAUCAAUCUCGAGAAAGAUAAAGAAACAAUCACGGAAAUCAAAGUAAAAUAUUUUGACACCGUCCCAGUGGCCACGGCGAUGUGUGUCUUAAAGACUGGUUUCCUGUUCACAGCCUCAGAAUUUGGCAACCACUAUCUCUACCAAAUUGCACACCUCGGUGACAAUGAUGAUGAACCGGAAUUUUCCUCAGCCAUGCCACUUGAAGAAGGGGAUACCUUUUAUUUUUCUCCCCGAGGACUUAAAAAUUUAAUCGAGGUCGAUGUGCUAGAGGGUUUAUCACCAAUAACAAGUCUACAUAUCGCCGACCUCGCUAAUGAAGAUACACCACAACUUGCUGUCGUUUGUGGUAGAGGUCCGCGCUCAACUUUCCGUUUACUUCGCCACGGUCUGGAGGUUACUGAAAUGGCAAAAUCAGAUCUCCCCGGCAGUCCGAACGCAGUGUGGACCGUAAAGCGCAAUUCAGAAGAGGAGUACGACGCCUACAUUAUCGUCUCUUUCGUGAACGCAACACUCGUCUUGUCCAUCGGCGAGACAGUCGAAGAAGUUACAGAUUCCGGAUUUCUAGGCACUACGCCCACACUUACCUGCUCACAGCUUGGUGACGAUGCUUUGGUGCAAGUCUACCCAGAAGGUAUUCGGCACAUUCGGGCAGACAGGCGAAUCAACGUGUGGAGAACUCCUGGAAAAAAGGCAAUUCAAAAAUGCGCUGUAAAUUCGCGUCAAGUGGUGAUAGCGCUUACCGGCGGUGAACUUGUU